AUGGAUCCCCCAAAAUCUUCAACAACAUUUCGGAUCACUACUCCCUUGGGUCCUGCGGGCCAAUUUGCGAACUCCCCCAUGACCGUUAUCGAGCUUAAGGGCCGAACAAAUCACGAAAAGGGAGAACACUAUCUACAAUUAUCGCUGUCAGCACUGCGAGAGCUAGCCGACCUAUUGGAAAACGAUCGCCUUUCACCAACUGAGAAAGCUAUCUACAAUCGAGCUUAUACCACCGGCCAGCGUCAAUACGACGAAGUGAAACGAAUUAGAGACCAACUUUUGACGCAGAAGAAAACCUUUCGCAAGUUCCUUAUUAACCUUUUCGUCCGCACGGAUGCCCGCCGGUUCUAUAAAGUCUCAUAUGAAACUUAUUCAAGCAUCAGACGAACUUCAGAAGACCUGACUAGACGAUUGCUGCCAGAUAAGAGUGUUAUCUCUGUAUCAGAGAGUCCCGGAGAGAAACCCUCGGAAGGCCAUGUCUCUGUUUGUGAGGAGAAUCCACGCGAAGUAGCCGAAGUCUUCCAGGUUGGUGCAAUUAUUCUUUCUCUUCGACCACUUAUCACAUGCAGUGGAUCAGUCGCCGAUCUUCCUCCAGACGAAACCAUCAAAGGCAUAACUGUGGAGGUACAUAAUAAAGAAGAAGAGCAAGAGGUCUUUGCGAACUUGAAGCGAAUAACGAAUUGUAGAAAAGCAGACGAAAACGAAGAAGAAGAAGAAGAUGAUGAUCGAACCAUUAAACCCACGCCCUCACAAAGUAGACCGCCAUCUCCUAGCCCCAGCUGCACGGUCAUCUGGAAUAAUUAUUACAUCAACCAAAGCGUAGCAUCCUUUGAUUCAGAAUUGAGAGGAACGACUUUGAAUAUCGGGGUAGAUGGAGGCGGCUCCUUAUCUGGUCGGUUUACUGAUACCGACCAGCCACCGUCUCAAUGAGAAUGAUUUGCAGGUGGUAGAGUGUUCAUUAGGAGUGCUGUAUUGAUGCAGCACUGAUCGGGCAUUCGUGAGUUUCCGGAUCCGCUCGCAGGGCCAGAAAGUCGUCGAUGGCGAUGAGCGCAGGCACAUUAAUUGCGUCCGUACCUCCAACCAAUCCGCAUUACUGUCGAACCUCUUUACACCUGAGACACAGCCAAAUGUGUUUUGUAAACAGAUGCGAUACAUAUCGUGAGACAGACUCUGCAUAUUUCAACCUAUUUUUCUAUUGUGCGGAUAAUGAAUAGUUUUUGAAUAACAUCACAAACAUGUAUAAGGAUCUAAUUCUAUCCC